UCUUCACCUUGUAUAUUUUCCCACGGCUACUUCCACUUUCAGCAAACGCAGUAACUCUCACUGCAAAAACCCUGAAAUAAUGCUCACAUCAUCUGUUUUUCGAAAUUCAAUCACCUCAAUUUCAAUCAUUUCAUCAACAAAAACCAAACCUAAAUCAUCAAAAUCAAAUUCGCUCAAUAAUUUCUCUUUUCAAUUCCGAAUUCGCGCCAAUCUACAACAACAACAACAACCACUGUUACAUCAAUCUUCAAAUACUGCAGAAUUCGAUGAGAGAGAAAAAUCGAAACCUAGGGUUUUGCUUAAUAGUAUUAGGGUUUUGGAGUGGGAUAAGGUCUGCGACGCCGUUUCUUCCUUCGCCGGUACUUCUCUUGGUCGUCUUGCUUCCAAGGAACAAUUGUGUUCGUUUGAUCAGACGUAUGAGGAGAGCUUGAUGUUGCUACGACAGACUAAUGCGGCGGUCGAAAUUCAUAAGUACAAUAAUGCGAUUAUGGAUUUCACUGGCCUUGAUGUUUUUCUGGUGAGGUCUGCUAUAGACCAUGCACGUAGAGGCACACCAGUGGUUGGACAAGAAGCUAUGGCUGUUGCAGUUCUGCUACAGUUUGCAGAGGCUUUACAGACCAACAUCAAAGGAGCAAUUAAGGAAAACGCUGAUAUGCUUGAUCGUUUCAUGCCCCUAGCUGAGUUGAUAUUGGACUGGGUCACCAACAAAUCAUUAGUCAAGUCAAUACUGCAAGUGAUCGAUGAAGAUGGCUAUAUCAAAGACACAGCGAGUGGAAGGCUUAAACAAGCACGCUGGCGGGUUUCGGACCUUGAAAACAAAUUGCAUCACUUAAUGAACACUCUAAUUGCAAAUGAAACAAAUUCACUGGAAGCAAGUAAUGUUGAUGGGAGAUGGUGCAUCAAAUCAGGGGCAGGUCAAAUUACAAGUUUUAAGGGGUUGCUGCUUUCAAGCGGAGCUGGUAGAGGAAACAUUAUAGAGCCCGUUUCUGCUGUACAGUUGAAUGAUGAGUUAUUGGGAGCAAAGGCAUCUGUAGCUGACGCAGAGACUGAAGUUCUUUUGGAUUUAACAGAAAAGAUUAAACUGGACCUUGAUGACAUUGAAAAAAUGUUGAAGAGUGUUAUUGCACUUGAUGUUGUAAAUGCUAGAGCAAGUUAUAGCCUGUCAUUAGGAGGAUCCUAUCCUGAGUUACUUGUACUCGAUGAUAAGAAUACUCCAUUAUCUACAGAAGACUUGCGUUUAGAAAAUUCCGUCAAGACAAAGAAGCAAUGGAGGUUGUGUCUUCCUAAAGCAUAUCACCCUCUUUUACUUCAGCGACAUCGACAUAAUCUGCGGGAAGCCAAGAAGGAUGUCGCUAAUGCUAUUGCUGAAAUCAGGAGAAGAAAAGUAUAUGGAAACAAUUUCGGCCGGCAAGAAGUCACACAAGUCGAUAUUAAAAUUCUACAAGAGAAGGUUACACAACUGGAGGAGGCUCACCCAGUUCCAGCUGAUAUUAUGAUUGCUAAGAAUACAAGAGUUCUUCUUAUAACUGGACCUAAUACAGGGGGCAAAACCAUUUGCUUGAAAGCGGUUGGGCUGGCUGCCAUGAUGGCAAAAGCAGGCCUGUAUGUUGUAUGUGCUGAACCAGCGCGGAUCCCAUGGUUUGAUUCUGUCUUUGCUGAUAUAGGUGAUGAACAAUCAUUGUCUCAGUCUUUAUCGACCUUCUCUGGACACCUGAGGCAAAUUAGUGAUAUACAAGCUAGGUCGACCAAUCAGUCCCUGGUGCUUUUGGACGAAAUUGGCGCUGGCACUAAUCCUUUAGAGGGAGCAGCACUUGGCAUGUCUAUUCUUGAGUCAUUUGCUGAAGCUGGAGCUUUACUAACCAUAGCCACAACACAUCAUGGAGAACUCAAAACCCUCAAGUACAGCAAUGACGCGUUUGAGAAUGCAUGCAUGGAGUUUGAUGAUGUCAAUUUGAAGCCAACUUACAAGAUUCUUUGGGGAGUUCCAGGACGUUCAAAUGCUAUAAAUAUAGCAGAAAGGCUCGGGCUGCCUAAUACUGUCAUAAAUAAUGCUCGUGGACUAUAUGGAACGGCCAGUGCAGAAAUAGAUGAGGUCAUAUAUGAUUUGGAGAAGUUCAAGCUAGAUGUUGAAGAAUAUAUAGACGAAGCACAACAUUAUCUGCGGCUUUCCAGAGAUCUUCAUGAGAAAGUACAGGACGUCCAGAGAAAGCUUGACGAGCAUAGUUCUGAUUCGAGAUAUAGACUGAUGCAACAAAUAUUAGAUUUUGCAUCAAUGGCACGUUCAGCUCUUCACAAAAAGAUGCGUCAGUCUCGUGCUUCUGCACGUAAAAGUCCCCAUCCUGAAGAAGCCAACACACAUCCGCCUAUUACGCCAGCUAACAGUCAGCAUUCCGCAACAGGUGCUAAUCGUCUCACCCUAGAGAAUGGAAGUGCAUCUUCUGUUGAGGAGGUCAAGGCAUCAACAUCAGCUGCUGUCAUUGAAGGUCCAGAGAGAAAAUCUAUAUUACCCAAGGUUGGUGACACUGUGCAAGUUUCUUCCCUUGGGACGAAGGCAACAGUUCUUAACGUGGAACCGUCGAAAAAAGAGAUAUUAGUGCAAGCUGGUAAACUGAAGUUGAAGUUGAAAGUAUCUGCUAUUAAGUUUUGAUUGGUUAAAAUGUUGCGCAGUUGUGCAAAUUGAUAGUUAAUGGUGAAGUAAACAUUGAAACGGUUGAAGUGUUGAGGACCGUUCUGUCGCCAGUAUGGUGAUGCAGUUGAAAAGAAAGAUAUCACUAUAUCAGAGCAUUUUCUAGGGUAGACUCGUAGAGCCAUAUGAAUAUAUGAUGGAUUGGUGGUGCACUUCGAAAGAAAAAAAAAUCUGCACAGCUUUUUUAGGGUAGACCGGUAGAGCAGUAUGGUGGUGCAUUUGGAAAGAAAGGAACGGUACAUUUUUAUUUUUUAGGGUAGACCUUACUCAUGAGUUCUGGUGCUUUUAUUUAAGGUUAUUGUAUAGCUGCAGUCAAGCAUUAGAUCAUUGAUGACAUAAAACUUCUGUUAAUUUUGUAGAGAAACUGUUGGUGUUAGGUGUAUUGUGUAUAUUAAAGCUGUAGGGCUAUUUAUUCUUCAGCCAAAAAACAAAAGCUGGAAUGGGUAGCCUCUUUUGUAUAGAAAUAUAUGUAUAGAAAUAUAUGUAUGUAUAAAAAACAAAUAAUUGAUUUCA